CGUUAAACGUGCAGUGUUGUUUUGUCUGUUACACUACGUGCGUGCACCAACUCUAAUGUCACAUACACAUAUUGGUGGCUUUUCGCUGUGCUGAAAGGAGUUCCUCAGAAGCUAGAAAAUGAGUGAGGAUGUAUAUGAGGUCCCUGAGGGGACGGAGUAUCGUUAUCUAGUGCAGGACGAAGAAGAGGAACAGAUACAGUAUGUCCGCCGCCACUAUGUCAGUCCAUUCCUGGUGGUGUCACGCAGGUGCAUGUUCUUCAUCGCCUGUGGUGUGAUUGCGCUCCUCUCCCUCGCGGGUUACCUAGCUUAUGUGGCUGAGACUCCGCCUCCAGGAGUGGCAGAGGUAGAGACGGAGUGCGGUUGGCUGCGUGGGAGCUGGAAAGGCGGAGCUUAUUCUUUCAAAGGCAUCCCAUACGCCGUACCACCGGUGGGUGAACGUCGCUGGCGGCCCCCAGUGGAUCUACUGGAGGCGGGACAGUGUUGGCAGGGCGUGUACGAUGCUACUCGACCCCGUAGCGUCUGUGCGCAGGUGCAGCCCCUCCGAAAAAACGGGCGGGUCAUGGGACAGGAGGACUGUCUGCAUCUCAGCGUGUGGACGCCGAGUCUACAGCCCGCCAAACCCUUGCCCGUAAUGGUGUGGAUCCACGGAGGGUACCUCCACAUGAUGAGUGGCCAGGAGACAGGAUACUCACCCACGGAAGAGCUGGCGGCCCGCACGCAGACGGUGUACGUCAGUCUGAAUUACAGGCUCAAUGCUUUCGGCUUCAUGGCUCUGGAGGUGCUUAGGGAAGGCUCUCCCACCAACACCUCAGGGAAUUAUGGCUUCAUGGACCAGAUCCAAGCACUUCAGUGGGUCCAGAGAAAUAUCCAUAACUUCGGUGGUGAUGCUGGAAGGGUUACCAUAUUUGGUCAAAGCUCAGGAGGAACUUCGGUUUGGACCUUGAUGAUGUCUCCACUAGCCAAAGGACUCUUUCAUGGCGCGAUUGACAUGAGCGGCUCGUAUGUGUAUAAUGCUUCCCUGGAGUCAGCAGAAAAAGACAACUUAGAAUUCCUGAGGAGAACGGGCUGCAAGGACGCCAUCUGCCUGAGAGGACUACACAUCGCUCAAGUCCUUCAGGCAAUCCCAUGGCAGGAGUACCCAUCAUGGGCAGCCGACGAAUUAACCGAUGUUCCAGUCAAAGGUGUUUUUAUUGGCCCAGUUGCAGUAGUUGACAACCAUGUUCUCAAAGCUCCUCCGUUCGAGACCUGGGAGAAGGGUGGACCCGGAUCCUAUAACGACGUCCCGUUUGUGGUUGGAACAACUGAACAGGAGACUGAUUUUGCUCCUCCAUAUGAAAACAUCUCAGCAUGGACUUGGGGGGACUAUCGGUGGAUUGUGACAAACAAACUGACGCCUUUCGGAGAGGCCGUGACCAAUCAGACGCUGAGGCUGUACAAUAGCUCCGCCCCGUGUCCGACCUCUGACCGGUGUACAGAGAGGCUCUUCACCACCAUGGUCUCUGACAUGAGGGCCACCUGUCCCAUGAACGACCUGGCUAAGAGAGCAGCAGGAGCCUUAAAGAGCCCAGUGUACCGUUAUCUGGUGACUUACACUCCAUCAAAGCAGGCAAACGCCUCCAGCUGGCUUCCCUUCCCCAGUCGCUUUUCCUUUCAUCUUCUAGACAGCCUGGCCUUCUUCGAGGGUCUUGAAAUGGUGCUGGGGACCCUGUCACCGGCUGAUGUCAACUUCCAGGAAAUGAUCACCAAGUAUUUUGUACAUUUUGCCAAAGAAGGUAGGAUGCCAGAGGACUGGCCGGAGUACCCCUCACACGUCGCCCUGCUGGACAAGAACAUUUCUUUCGUAACAAGCUACUCACGCGAGAGGUGUGACUUGUGGGAGAAGAACGGCUUCUACUCGUACGCCUGGAUCAACUGAGCCACAACAUCAUCAUCAUCAUACUCACUGGUUAUAUCCAUCCACUGUAUUUUCAUCUGACCGUGUGACACCAGCAAAGCUUUAGUGUGUGAUUAUACAGUACUGACACAUUUUAUAGGACUUCGCAGAGCGUAGAGUGCAUUUAGUACGCGGUUGUUUGCACCUACAGGAAAAGAGGUCAGUUCAUAGGAAAUGAAAAUCACAGAGACCUCUUCAGUGUCUCAAUAGUCUAUGAAAGUCUAUGGGGAAAGUCUAUGACACUACAAAAUCUAUUUUUUUCCAAGACCAAAUUAUCUGAGCUAUUUUAUAGCUUGUUUUUGGGACAAACAUCCCAGACAAAGUUAGGGAUAAAAGGGGAUAAAGGGAUAACUCACCCAAAAUGUCUGUUUCUGUACAUAUAAUGAAAGUCAGUGCAGUCCAACAUUGUUGUGGACCCCAUUGACUUUGUUGUUCUAUUGUCUAAUCUAUCAUCCUCUCUACCAUUCCUUCAUUCUAUCUAUUUGUUCUAUUGUUUUAUCUAUCAUUCUUUUUUCUAUCUGUCAUUCUUUCAUUCAUUGUUAUUUCUUCUGUUCUAUCAUCUUUUCACCUAAGCUGCGAGUGAGCUACUUCUGCAUUUAAUUUAACUUCCACAAGCUGAGAAUGGAAUUGAAUUUACUCAGCGAGUCUGAAUGUGCAUUUGAAUGAGUGAAUCCGAAGGCUGUUUUAAGCCAUAAAUCCCCAUUAUUCAGGUUUUCCCUUGAUUGUUUGUUACACUAAUCGGCUCCUUUCAUAUAUUUACCGAAUAUAGCCAGUCUGCUGUUUCUAAACCUGUUAUUCUUUGAUUAUGUGACUAAGCAAAUCCAAGGCUUUGACAUGGAUGAGAAGCCAGAGACACAAUGAGGGUCUACAAAGGGAUAAUGCGGCUCUCUGAUCGGCCUCUUUUAAUUUAACUGCUGUGCAAAUAAGACCGAAGGAGGACUUACGCUUACAUUGAUCUUUUGUUUGUAUGUAGAUGCCGUAGAUCCUCGCUAUCGAUGCAGUAACAGAAGGUGACAUUUAUGUGUGUUUUUGUACCUGUGAUCAAAGUGUCUUGUACCACUCCUGAACAGACGUAAGAAUCAAGGCCUUCGGAAGCAGGAACGUGUAACGCCUGAAGCGCUAUCAAACUAAAUCUGAUCUAGUUGUGUUUUAUAAUACAGACCCAUUUCCCUGGCAUGCCUGAAUGAAUGGAGAGGUCAGAGGCCGCUCUGCCCCUGUGCAACAGGAUGAAAGACGUCUGUUAAAUGAGAGCACAUGAAAGCCCUGACCUGCAUACAGACUGUUUUUAAUCCUGUAAAGCCUGACAUAUUAAAGGAGAAGUUUCCUGAUAAUUUAAUCACCCCCACAUCAUCCAAGAUGUUCAUGUCUUUCUUUCUUCGGUCAAAGAGAAAUUACGUUUUGAAGAAAUCCAUAUGGUGGACUUUAAUGGAGAUCAACAGUUUGAAGGUCCAAACUGCAGUUUCAAUGCAGCUUCAAAGGGCUCUAAACGUUCCCAGCUGAGGAAUAAGGGUCUUAUCUAGCAAAACGAUCUGUAAUUUUCUUUGAAAAAAAAAAAAAUUAUACCCUUUUUAACCACAAAUGCUCACCUUGCACUAGCUCUACACUGCGCACUUUUACACAUUACGUAAUCACGUUGACAAGGUCACGCAUGGUUAGUUCUUCAACUGUGUACUUCUGUUCAAAAGCGUAGGGUAAGGUGAAAAACUCUGUCUCAUUGUCUCCUCAAACCUUAAAAAAGUCUGACUUUCUUUGCACGUUGGCUUUAUAAACACUGGGUUCAUACUUCUGCCUACAUCAAACAUUUGUAUUUGAAAAUUACCAAUCGUUUCUCUAGAUAAGAUAUUUAUUCCUCGGCUGGGAUCAUGUAGAGCCCUGCAGUUUGGACCUUCAACCUGUUGGCUCCCAUUGAUGUCCACUAUGUGGAGAAAAAUCCUGGAAUGCUUUCCUCAAAAACCUUCAUUUCUUUUCGACUGAAGACAGAAAGACAUGAACAUCUUGGAUGACAUGGGGGUGAAUAAAUAAUUAGGAAAUUUUCAUUCUGAAAGUGAAAUAAUCCUUUAAAUAAUAGUGUGAAAAUGUGAAUUUUUGACAUUGAACAGUUUAGUGAAUCAUCAAAGUUGAUCACGUAGAAAUUCAUAUAUUAUAUAUGAUACCAUAGGCUUUAUAGGGUUAAAGGAGUAGUUCACUACCAGAACAAAAAUUUACAGAUAAUUUACUCACCCCCUUGCCAUCCAAGAUGAAAACACUUCGGGAAUGUUCUCCAUAGAGGACGUAUAUGGUACCCGUGAGUUUAAACUUCCAAAAUGCAGUUUCAGUGCAGCUUCAAAGGGCUCUAAACGAUUCCAGCCGAGGAAGAAGGGUCUUAUCUAAUGAAACGAUCGGUUAUUUAUAAAAAAAAAAAAAUUACAAUUUAUAUACUUUUUAACCUCAAAUGCUCGUCUCGUCUAUUCUCUGCGAUGCGCAUUCAUAUUCUGUGUAUUGUGGCUCAAUAUAGUUAGGGUAUAUAAAAAAACUCCCAUCUCAUUUUCUCCUCAAACUUCAAAGUCUUCCUGUUUCGAUGUUGAAGUUGUUUUCCAAAAUCGCUGUUUUACCUUCUUUGCAUGUUCACUUUGUAAACACUGGGUCGGUGCUUCUGCAGUGAUGCAGGAUGAUUUUGAAGUUGGAGGAGAAAAUGAGAUGAGAGUUUUUCCACAUACCCUAACUAUAUUGACCCGGAUUACACAGUUCACAUGCGCGUCGCAGAGAUGUUAAAAAAUAUAUAAAUUGUCUAUUUGUUUCAAAAAUAACGGAUCGUUUCGCUAGAUAAGACCCUUCUUCCUCACCUCAUUUAUAGCCCUUUGAAUAUGUAUUUAAACUGCAUUUCGGAUGUUCAAAAUCGCAGGCACCAUAGAAAAAUUCUGUAAUGUUUUCCUCAAGAAACUAUUUCUUUACGACUGAAGAAAGAAAGACAUGAACAUCUUGGAUGACAAGGGGGUGAGUAAAUUAUCUGUAAAUUUUGGUCUGGAAUUGAACGUCGUCCACACACGUUACUGUUACUGUAUUAGGGUUAAAGUGUCAACACUUACUUUGUAUGCGUUAAUUGUGCCAUUACCACUCUUGUUUGUUUUGCACUUUAUCUGUAAGCCUUCUGUCAUGAAAUGAUUGUUGUGUUUAUUGAAUCAAAGUCUUAAGCAGCUGUUGUGGGCGAUUUCAGUCUUUAUUCACACAAAUCUCAAUAGAUUCCUCUUAACAGGCUACAAUAAAUAGCUUUUAUUCCA